AUGGCGACCAAGACCAACGCGCCCCACCUUUCCUGCGCAAAGGUGGUGGUACUUUUUGCGCUGCUUGUGUAUCUGGCUGUGAACGAAGUCACGGCAGACUCGAUAUCUAAAGAGGACACGCGCUUCUUAGAUACUGUGAACUCGCUAACUAUGAUGCACAAAAAUGUUUCGGUCAAGCGACACUUGAAGGUGAAUGUGGACAUGCCGAUAAAUGGUCGUGCUGCUGACCCGUCUGAAGAAAGGGCUGCAUUGUUGGGUAUUCGUGAGUUUGGCACCAAAGUGAAAUCAAGUCUGUCACGUGUCAUCGAGGCUAUUCGAGUGAGAUGGUUGUGGUUAGUAGGGCGAAAACAUGAGGAUAUGUUAAUACGUCUUAAAUCUCGUUACGACCUGAAAGGCGAGGAACUAGUUAAAAAACGGGCCUAUUUCCAGUGGGUCGCUUUCGUUAAAUUCGUCUCAAAAUCUCCGGAAGAGGAAAUGUUCUCGACCUUGGCACGUCACUACAACGACGAUGAACUGAUCGAUAUCCUAGGCUUCACCGCUAAAAAGUAUGAUGCGAAGCUCAUGGGAUUAUUGGAUGCCAAGCGAUCUGGGAAUGAUGCGUUCAUGGAGUUGCAGCUUGACAAGGCAACGACAAAACUUUCCGAGAACCCUACCUUUUUCAGAUGGCUUGCUUUCCUUGCAGCAAAGGACCGGAACUUACUGGAACAAGAAAUGUUCUCUACCUUGGCACGUCACAAGACUCGUGAUGAACUGAUCGAUACUUUAGUCUUCGCGGCAAAGUAUGACACGGAGAUCAAGAAGUGCUUGGAUGCCGGGCUAUCUGUGCAAACCGCGUUCACGAGGAUGCAGCUCGAUAAAGCGACGACGAAACUUUCCGAAAACCCUGACUUUUUCAGAUGGAUCGCUUUCAUCGCUUUAACGGACAGGAAAUUACUGGAAUCUACAAUGAUAUGGACCGUGUCACGUCAUAAUACUGGUAAUCAACUGCUCGAUGCCAUAGCCUUUGCGGCUCAAUAUGAUCCAAAGCUCAUAAAGUUGCUAGAUCUCAAUAUCUCUGGGUAUGAUGCGUUUAGAGAGUUAGAGCUUCACGUCUCAACGACGAAACUUUCCGAAAACCCUGACUUUUUCAGAUGGCUCGCUUUCCUCGCAGCAAAGGACAGGAAAUCACUGGAACCACAAAUGUUCUCGACGUUGGUGCGUCAUUACCAUGGUGAUGAACUGGUUGAUGCUCUACACUUCGCCGCGAAGUAUGGUCCACAGCUCUCUAAGUGGUUAUUGGACCGAGAUGGGGAUGCUGUUUUUAUGGAGUUGCACCUCGACAAGGCAACUAUGAAGCCUUCCGAGAACCUUGACUUUUUGUGGUGGAUCGCUUUCCUCGCAGCGAAGGACAGGAACUUACUGAAAUCUGAUAUGAUAUGGACGGUGUCACGUCAUCUAUCUGGUGAUGAACUGGUCGAUGCUCUAGCCGUUGCGGCUCAUUAUGAUCCGGAGCUUCAGAGCUUGAUUUAUACUCAUCCCACAACGCCUUCGGACCUGGUCAAGCGUUUUGGGUUGGAAAGUGUAUCGAAAAAUAAUGUCGGCACAAUUUUCAACGGAAGGGGCUUUUUCAAGUUGUUUGCUUACCUCAGUGCAACGGAAAAGGAAACUGUGUAUACGAAAAUGAUUGAGAUCUUGAAGCAAUUUUGUUCUACAGACAAAGAUCUGGACAAACUUCUAGCUGAGGGAUCAUACGCCGUGGGAGCGCAAUCUUUUUCUAUGACCAUGCUAUAUUCCCGUAUCUCACAGUGGCCAAAGAAGGGCAAGAAAGAUUGGACCAACAUAUUUAAAAUGCUGAAGCUUGACAAAGAAAUAGGACGUCCACUGUUUGAGCGACCUCAGCUGAAGCUUUUUGCAGAUUACAUGAAACCCUUGCCAAAGGAGAACAUGGAACAUCCCAGUGACUUCGAUAGGAACAUUUUUGAUACGGUAAAAACAGCUUACAACACCAAAGAGCUUCGCAAAUUGAUUGAUGAAUCAAAGUCCGACCCUUUCGGACUUGUAGCGACAAUAAGAAUCUUGCUAGAUGAACACGAGAAGUCUUCAUCGACAAGCACGAUGAAAAACUUGCUGGGAUUGAAGAAGCAAAACAAUAGUGGCGGUCGGUAG